AUAAAUAAUACCAAAAAGGACACGGGCCGUGGACCAAACUCUUUUCCCUCAAAUUUCCCCUCUUUCCCCUCCUCACCCCUCGAUCUGAUCUCGAUUCAUCUAACUCUCCUCCCCGAAUCCUCAAUUCGACACCAGAUCCGGUCCUCCCUCGCCGAGGCCUCUCUAUCGGUGCCGAUUUCGCCCCGUAUCGUUGAUUCUGUGUGUUCGCGAGAUUAGGGUUUCGAGGCGCUGAAAUCGGGUACCGAUUGGCUCGAUUGAGGCGGAAUUUCUCCAGGGGAGGCUGGUCUGUGGUUGAUUGGUGGCUCUGAGAUCCUAUUAUUGCGGUUCUUUUCAUCGAAUUUGCGCGAUUUGUUUGCUAGGGUUUCGUCGUUUCCCUCCCGUCCAACCCUCCGUCGACCCCUCAUCGCCAGAGCAUUAUGUUGCAUCAAGAAAAUAGUGAGGUUUAUGUGAGGCACCACUCCGAGCAGCUUGCGUGUGGCAAUCUGAGGGGAACCGAUGAUGGGCGCUCAAACUUCCUUCCUGAGAAAUACCAUAUUGCAACAGAAUGGAAUACCACAGCUUGUCUAGUUAAUACUGCCAGUGCUGUUAAAGAAGUGACAGUCGAUCAUCAUAAGAGACCUGCCUCUAGUGGUUUCACAGACAUGUUGGACUGCAAACGGAUGAAGCAGGAAGAGCAAACUGUAUCUGAGAAAGAUAAUGCAGCAGAUGCUGACAUAAAUGUUCCAGAGUAUGGAUCAUACAGGACAUGGGAGAGAAUCUCCGAUCUGCCAGCAUAUGGUAGUGAGGAAAGUGAGGAUGAAGGUGUAGAUCCACCUGUUAAUUUUUCACUAGCCCAAACUUAUGUUGAAGAUUACCUGCGAUCUGCAAGUUAUUGUCAAAGGGAAGACAUUUACUCGUCUGUUAGCCUUUGCCCUACAAGGAAAACUGUUCCAAUUGGGCCAAAUUAUCAGGCUGAGUUGCCAGAGUGUGCAUCUGGUAAUUGUAGGAGCUCAGUUGAUGGUAAUGCUGAUGUGUCAUCAUCUUCUCACAUAUGUGAUAUAAAGGAAGCCGAGAGUGACAAGUGGAUUAGGAACUCUGUCAUUCCAAUGCCUGGUUCUGUUGAGUUACCUUCAGUGCUGAAACCCGUUUGCUUUAAGACAGAUUGCAGUUGUGUUGAUGAAGGUUCGAUUGCGUGCGUGAGGAAGCAUGUGAAGGAAGCAAGAGAAAGACUAAUGACUGCCCUUGGUCUGAACACCUUCAAAGAGUUAGGAUUCUUUGACAUGGGAGAGGAGGUGGCCUUGAAAUGGACUGAAGAUGAAGAGCAUUUGUUCCAGGAUGUGGUAUCAUUAAACCCUGCCUCUCUUGGAAGGAACUUCUGGGAUGAACUUCUGCUUGCCUUCCCAUUGAAGACUAACAAAGAGUUAGUGAGCUACUAUUUCAAUGUCUUCAUGUUGAGGAAGAGGGCUGAGCAGAAUAGGUUGGAUCCAAUGAAUGUUGACAGUGAUAAUGAUGAAUGGGAGGGAAGAGAUGAUGAUGAAUUUGCUGUGACAGAAAGGGCUGGUGAGGAUUUGCUGCUCGAGUCUCUUACUGAUCAAGAUGAUGGUGCAUGCAAUCAAGUUCCCCUCCAGGGAAAUAUGCAUGAAGAGUCUGGUGAGGAGGAUGAGUUUGACUGUUGUGGUCACAGGCAAGAAAAUUGCUGCGUGGAGGGGAAUGUCAUGGUGUCCCUUGUGGACAAUAACCAGGAGGCAACCAUUUUUGACACAGAUGCUCAAGACGACUCAUGCACAUCAUUUGAGGUUCCGCAUGUUUGUACCAUGGAUGGCACACCCACUGAUAUUGCUGGAGACCACUACCGGGAUGUUGGCUUUGGUAGCGUUGCAGAUCAUGGAUACUUUGGUGGCCAUUGCGACCCGAAAACAUGGGAUAUUGGUUUCAGUAGCGUAUGGGAGAAAGACGAAUUUCUUUCGACAAACAAUGUGAUAGAAGAGGUGUUUGGAAAGGGUUCUUGUGAAAUUGGAAAUGACUCUUCUACUGCCCAGGGCAUCAUUUAAAGAUGAUCCGGGUUUCUGAUGGAGAGCGAAGGCCGAACCUGCUUUUGAAAUUUGUACAGUGAUAGCUCUUCCUUUUUUUUUGAUGAUGAUUCACUUGCCUGUAGAAAUCCCGCCUCUGUCUGUCCCGAGAACAUCUGUUUGAGAAAUGUAAUUUCAUUCUCAUGAUGAAUGUCUGUCUAUUUGUAGUUAUCCAUCAUCAGUCGAUGAUCUCCUGUAGCCUGUUCCCUGUUGUAGCCUCUGUGUACUGUUGUCAUGACAAGUUUCAAGGCCUGAGCAUUUUUGCA